GGUUUUGAACACGCCCCCUCCCCGUAGCGCCCCGCCUCCCGAAGCAGUUCCGGUUCGGCUGGCCGCUGCUGGCGGCACGGCUCCGACGGGGCCGGAGCGAUGCCCGCUCGUAGCCGAGCCGGCUCCCGCCUGCGCUCCGGCUCCCUGCCCCGGCCUUCGCGUCUGCCUCUCCAGACGCUGUGCUCCGCCUACGCGCCGAGGACCCCCGACUCCGACGGCGCCUUAGACACCGGCUCCGAGCUGGGUCCCGGCAGCCAGGCUCCCACCGCGGAGGUGAGCGGGCGCCGAGGCUGAUGAGAGGGGAGAUUGGGGGGCGCCUGCAUCCAAGGGAAGUGGAGGCAGAAAUGGCAGGCCCUAGUCAACUCUGCAUUCGCCGCUGGACUACCAAGCAUGUAGCUGUGUGGCUGAAGGACGAAGGGUUUUUUGAGUAUGUGGACAUUUUAUGCAACAAGCACCGUCUUGAUGGAAUCACAUUGCUCACGCUGACUGAAUAUGAUCUCCGCUCUCCUCCUCUGGAAAUCAAAGUCCUAGGAGACAUUAAACGGUUAAUGCUUUCAGUCCGAAAAUUGCAGAAAAUACAUAUUGAUGUUUUGGAGGAGAUGGGCUACAACAGUGACAGUCCUAUGAGUCCCAUGACACCAUUCAUCAGUGCUCUUCAGAGUGCAGACUGGCUCUGUAAUGGAGAGCCCACACACAGCUGUGAUGGACCCAUCCCUGACUUGAGUUCUGAUCAGUACCAGUACAUGAAUGGCAAAAACAAACAUUCUGCUCGAAGACUGGACCCAGAGUACUGGAAGACCAUCCUGAGUUGUAUAUAUGUUUUUAUAGUAUUUGGGUUUACGUCUUUCAUUAUGGUUAUUGUUCAUGAGCGAGUGCCUGACAUGCAGACCUACCCACCACUCCCAGAUAUAUUCCUAGACAGUGUUCCUAGGAUCCCAUGGGCCUUCUCCAUGACUGAAGUGUGUGGCAUGAUUCUGUGUUACAUUUGGAUCCUGGUUCUUCUUCUUCACAAGCACAGGUCAAUCCUUCUGCGGAGGCUCUGUAGUCUGAUGGGCACUGUGUUCUUGCUUCGCUGCUUUACCAUGUUUGUGACCUCCCUCUCCGUACCAGGACAGCACCUGCAGUGUACUGGAAAGAUAUAUGGAAGUGUGUGGGAGAAACUACACCGGGCAUUUGCCAUCUGGAGCGGCUUUGGUAUGACUCUGACUGGCGUCCACACUUGUGGAGAUUACAUGUUCAGUGGCCACACAGUUGUUCUAACCAUGCUGAAUUUCUUUGUCACAGAAUAUACACCAAGAAGCUGGAAUUUCUUGCACACUCUAUCCUGGGUUCUCAACCUCUUUGGAAUCUUCUUCAUCCUGGCUGCUCAUGAACAUUAUUCCAUUGAUGUGUUUAUUGCCUUUUAUAUCACAACAAGACUCUUUUUGUACUACCAUACUCUGGCUAACACCAGAGCGUAUCACCAGAGUAGGAGAGCGAGAAUUUGGUUUCCUAUGUUUUCUUUCUUUGAAUGCAAUGUUAAUGGCACAGUACCUAAUGAAUAUUGUUGGCCAUUUUCUAAACCAGCAAUAAUGAAAAGACUAAUUGGAUGAAGACUCUCUCUGUGUAAUGAGUUUGUUGUUAAAUAUACAGUAGUUAUGGAAUGAAAAUGAAUACCGUUGCUUUGUCCCAGGCUCCUGGAUACGUUGCAUUUUUGGCUUCUGUGUUGACAGGUUUCCCGUUCUGAGCAAGGCCAUGACUAUAAAACUCAAGAAAGAGCACACAAGUCUCCUUAUCUAGCUGUUUGAAUGGAGAGGUCAAGGAGAGAGUUUCCGCCCCUCACUGUAGGAAGACCCCGUGUGUGGGUGACGUCAGGCCGUUAUCUGUGCAUGUUGAGUGUCUGCGUACUGAACUCAAGCACAUCAGCUUGGGCUGACUGAAGAAUUCUCACUGAUUUCCAGUAGGACUCAAGGCAAGAAAUAUUUUUUGAAGCUGGCUUUCCUUACCUAGUGAGCCGUUCUAAUGUGUUCAUUGAACUAAUCUGUGUCUGUCUGCAAAGUGAGUGUCUUUCUGGUAAAUAUGUUUUACCUUUUGAGCCAUUUUAAAGAAAAACACAUUGAACACAGCAGCUUUUGUGAAACAAGAGAAUGCUAGGGCAACAUCUGAGGUGACAUGCUGGUCAGGGGUCACUGGCCUGCCCACUAAUGCAGGCCCAGGGUCAGCAUUUCAGAACAGGUGCAGUGUCAGCUGCCAGUGCUGAUCUGUUGGGAAGUAUCAGUGUGAAGAGCAGAAAGGAUUCAUGAGGGGAAUGGCUGUGUUCCUAAUAGUAAAGUGUUAUCAUUAUAGUGCUGUAAGUAUCUGGAAUAAAUACUUGUUGUAAGUGUUAGGCAAAUGACCGCCCAAUAUAAUGCUUUUUAAAUAAUGUGACUUAAGUAAGACACAGGAGUGUUACCAGAUGUUAAAGUUCUUAUGUCAGUGAGUGAGUAAAUGUGCAUGCAAAGAAUUCUUUUCUUCUGGAAAAAAAAAAAAAAACAAAGAAAACAAAACAAAAAAUAACAAGUUAUAGGCAUAGUGUUAACUCUCUGGGGGUUUCCUUUUUUUGUUUUUCCUGAAAGUUCUCAUUCCUGACCAUUGAAAGGAAACAGUCUGAGACACACUUGGACAGAAAAAAAAAAAGCUUUUACUUUUUAUUUUAAAAAAUAAUUGUAUAAAUACAUUCUUUCUAUAGUCUUAAUUUGGCAGUUAAGAACUAAAUACUUUAGCUACUGUUUACAUUAGAAAAUUACCUUCAGUAAUUGUCACCUCUCUGAUACCAUUUGUCACUUUAUUUUUUAUUGGUUGUACAUAACAGUUUUAACCUUAGCCUGGUUGUAGAAUUGGAAUACUAAUUGUAUAGUUUUAACCUUCCAUUUUAAAACAAGGACUCUCAAGAGCUGCAGGCAUGCUGCGAUCACAAGUAUACCACAGCAGGCUGUGUCUGUUCCUUCUCGGUCUGGGUGAAAUGUUCAUUGUUGCAGUUGGAGUCAUAGUCCCACCCUCUGAGAAGCCACCUGAGUGAAUUAGGCAGGAAGGGGGAUAUUAGACAAACAGGUCUCAGCCUGUGCUGAGCAACCCUGCUUUGAGUGUGCUAGAGGCAUCACUCACUCUCACCUGAGAGGUGAUGUGAAGCAACUCAAGGUCAGUUAUGGUUUUAACUCUUGUACUUCAAUAUACUUGCAGUAUUUUAUAUUAUUGAUUCUGUUACAAGCCAGGAUCAAAAAUGCCAAUAUCUCAUCUAAAGCAACUGCAUAAUCAUGAAGAGAAGGCUGACCAUGCUUGUUUGAGUAGUUUGGCUUAGAGUCAAGGGAUUUUACUGCCACCCCCUCUCAUUACCCGCCCCCACCACAUCACACACACACACACACACACACACACACACACACACACACACACACACACACAGCAGAAUCCAGUUUACCUGGGGGGAGGGAAGAGACAGUGUUAACUUUUGGGAAAAUGUUCUAAAAACAUGUGUCUAAAUUAAUUUUAAAAUGCUAACUGUAUUAAUGGUAAAUACCUUAACAUCAGGCUUCUCUCCUCCAUGUGGAUUUUAUCAUAGAACAAAACAGGAAAAUAGGUGCAGCUACAGUGCAGCUGCAGAGAGAUCGGUAGUGAGAGUGAGUGACAGCAGCCUGCAGCACGGAGUGAGUGGCCUUGUAGUCACUCCUGUUUGUGUUGAGGAAACAGGUAAGCUAGAUAUAUAACCUAGUAGCUAUUACAAGACAGUGUUUACAUGAGCUAAUCCUCUUCAAGUCUCAAAACUGAGACAAAAUUAUUUCUCAGAUUUUUGUCUUCACACCUUUUUUGUUAUUAAAACCUAACUAUAAUGACGAUAGAAUUUAUGUUUACAUUUUGGGCAUGGUGGGGCUACGUGCAGAGGCUCCAUGCCUUUGAACCCUGUGUUUGAUUCUGCAGUCAUGUAGGCUUUUAUCCUUGACAGCUUAGUACAGAA